AUGGCUGACGAGAAACCCAAGGUGAGUUGCUUGAAAAUAUGCUUACAUCUCAUCACAUUUCUUCACAUACAUAACUCAAAUAGAACUAAGGAAAAAUUGACAUGGAAUAUUUCCUUACUUGAGAUCUUAGUAGACUCAAGUUUAAAAAAUGCAAGUACUCCAUUGGAGACACCGGAAGACCUGUGCACGCGCCUGCAUGGGCGCGUAGCUUGCUGCUUGAUUCCCAGCCAACUAGCGUUUGCUAGCUGAACAUGACAGUCAGCCAUGCAUGCAUACUCUCUUCAGUUCUUAAUCUUUUGUAUUUGCAAAUGUAAUCUGACAAACUCAGUUCAUAUCCAAGUGGUUGUAUCAAUCAAAUGCAUUCAUCACUUUGUCAAAACUUCUCAGGUUUCAAACUUGUAACAUUCAAUCAUGGCUACAACAAGGGUCCCCUCCUAUGUUUAUGGAGCCAGCUAUCACAGCAUGUUACAAAUGAGUGAAAUGAUGUGACUGAGGCAGUGUUAAAAACCAUGUUUUACUCCUAUGUGUUUUCCUGUGUAAAAGUAUUGUCAAUAUUUUCAAUGCAUCAAUCCUGUGUGUGUGUUGACCAAUGAUCAGAUGUUUGACAUAUACAUGUUUAAUAUGUGUCUUCAUUCGGAUGAAUUCUAGAAUGUGAAAAGCACCUAUCCUGUAGUCAGCAUGAUAAAUUCCACUCUGGGGUUAGGGGUAGACUAAACAUUGUCCAAAAACACAUUGUUUCAUUACAUUGCCACAGCACCAUGACUUUUAGAACAAGUAAGCUCAAUAAUAGUUAAGACAGAUUCACUUGUGUAUGUCACUGCUGAACUAUCCAUGGCCUUUGUAAGUGUUCCAUAAAACGUUAAAUAUUUGGUCUAUAUUCACUGUUCAGAAACCGCUUAUAUUCAAACAGUGCACUGCUGACAAAAACACUAUGUGUACAUUUUUCCACUUGCCUAAAAUCAAUGAUGGUCAUAUCAAGGUUAACAUUUGCCUGGGACCCGACUGAUAAUUUGCUUUGUAUCAACUAUCAGCCAAGCAACAUUUGUUUUACAUUGACAUUUUUAGUCAUUUAGCAGACGCUCAUACAAGAGCGACUUACAGGAGCAAUUAGGUUAAGUGCCGCUAAGGGCACAUCGACAGAUUUUUCACUAGUGGUCGGGGUUAGAACGCAGCCUUUCGGUUACUGGCACAACGCUCUUACCCACUAAGCUACCUGCAUCUGGUCCUCCCAGGCAAGGUUAUCAUUAGCUGCUUUUAGCAACACUAGUAUUUACACACUACUAGGAAUUGGCUUGCAAAAAAACGAAAUAGUCCGCCAGAAUUAAAUAAAAUUCAAUUUCAACUUACUCUGCCGAUUGUCCAUACUGCUGGUCCUUAUGCGGAGGGGAAAUUGAGAAGAACAACUAAUAGAACAUUCAGAAUUUCCAAACGUGGGUCUGUUGUAGACCCAAUUCCUCUCCACUUACCUCAUGUCAAAAUAAAAGUCCUGCACGUGCGCCAUACCAGCACAAAAAAAGCAAGAACUUGUGGGGUACUUUUAUUUUGACAUGAGGUAAGCCGAGAGGAACUGCAUGGGUCUACAAUAGACCCACGUUUGGAAAGUCUGUUUAAUUAUACCUUCCAUUAGAUGUUUGUUUUUUCUCAAAUUCCCCCCUGCAUAAGGACCAAGCCUACAGACAAUCGUCAGAGUUGAAAUUGUAUUUAACUUCUGGCUUUCGGCAGGACUAUUCUGUUUUUUUGCAAGCUAAUUCCCAGCAACGCUGGUGUGUAAAUACUAGCGUUGCUAAAAGCGGCUAGGUUACCAUAUAUUGUAUUCAGUGUUUGCCUAUAUGAACUAGCAAUGUUUAAAAGCUGCAAUAUGUAACUUUUUGGGCGAGCCGACAAAAUUCACAUAGAAAUAUAGAGCUGUCAUUCUCAUUGAAAGCAAGUCUAAGAAGCGGUAGAUAUGUUCUAUGUGCGCUAUUUCUAUGCUUACCAUUCUUCAGUUUCGUUUUUGCAUCUUUUACUUUCGGUUUUGUACACCAUCUUCAAACACCUGAAAAUACAAUAUUUUUGGUUAUGGAAAAUAUAUUUCACAGCGGUUUAGAUGGUACAAUAAUUCUCUACACUAUACCUGCUCUUUUUCCUCACAUAAACUGAAAUAAGCGGACUAUUCUAAUUUUAGCAACAAUGAAAUGGCGGAGCGAUUUCUGCAUAGUGCACCUUUAAAGAGAAGCUGAAAUGUAUGGUGUAGAACAGACAUGAUUGUCUGUCACAUGUAAUAGUGGGUAUCAUGUUAAAUCUUGACAUUAACAUUUAUACUGUAUCUGCGUUUCAUCUCACUGAAUACACCCCCCAAUGUUUGUUGUGUACAUCAGGAGGGAGUGAAAACAGAAAACAACGACCACAUAAACCUGAAGGUGGCGGGACAGGAUGGCUCGGUGGUGCAGUUCAAGAUCAAGAGACACACGCCGCUCAGCAAACUCAUGAAGGCGUACUGCGAGAGACAGGUGAGUCUGACAUGGCAGCCAUGAUGAUGCCACUGACUGCACAACAUCAGCAGCGGCAUCAGAGGGCAAGGUUGAGCUACUACCAUAUUGGUUAUACCUAUCAAGUCCUUUUCAAUCUGCAUAAAGUGCUGAGGGGGUAGAGGUGGUUUAUUGACAGGGGCCAAGUCAUAAGCAGCCAGCAGCUCCUUUAACCCUAUACUUAGGGCCAGGGCCAGUAUUCAUAAAGGAUCUCAGAGUGGGAGUGCUGAUCAAGGAUCAGGUCCCCCUCUGUCGAUUUAUUCAUCAUGAUCUAAAGGGGCCAAGGCAAAACUGGUCCAACGUCAUCAUUCCUCCUCCCUGGCACAUUUGUAAAUAUCCUACUUUAAUUUGUUUGAGUGCCUCCUUGUAUUAUAUGUUAGCAACAUUUUUAUCCUAGUACUUAUUCAUUGAGCUUUUAUUUGUUUGUUCUUUUUAUUUACUUAAUUACUUUCCUAUUGUCGAGAGGUGAACCUGUAAAUAAGCAUUUCUUUGCACUGUGUACUCCACGUACACUACCGUUUAAAAGUUUGGGGUCACUUAGAAAUGUCCUUGUUUUCGAAAGAAAAGCAAUUUUUUUUUGUCCAUUUAAAUAACAUCAAAUUAAUCAGAAAUACAGUGUAGACAUUGUUAAUGUUGUAAAUGGCUAUUGUAGCUGGAAACGGCUGAUUUUUUAUGGAAUAUCAACAUAGGUGUACAGAGGCCCAUUAUCAGCAACCAUCAGUCCUGUAUUCCAAUGGCACGUUGUGUUUGCUAUUUUAAAAGGCUAAUUGAUCAUUAGAAAACCCCUUUGCAAUUAUGUUAGCACAGCUGAAAACUGUUGUGCUGAUUAAAGAAGCAAUAAAACUGGCCUUCUUGAGACAAGUUGAGUAUCUGGAGUAUCAGCAAUUGUGGGUUCGAUUACAGGCUCAAAAUGGGCAGAAACAAAUAACUUUCUUCUGAAACUCGUCAGUCUAUUCUUGUUCUGAGAAAUGAAGGCUAUUCCAUGCGAGAAAUUGCCAAGAAACGGAAGAUCUCGUACAACGCUGUGUACUACUGUCCAUCUAAAUAUUUUCUUUUUAUUGGCCAGUCUGAGAUAUGGCUUUUUCUUUGCAACUCUGCCUAGAAGGUCAGCAUCCCGGAGUCGCCUCUUCACUGUUGACGUUGAGACUGGUGUUUUGCGGGUACUAUUUAAUGAAGCUGCCAGUUGAGGACCUGUGCGGCGUCUGUUUCUCAAACCAGACACUAAUGUAUUUGUCCUCUUGCUCAGUUGUGCACCGGGGCCUCCCACUCCUCUUUCUAUUCUGGUUAAAGCCAGUUUGCGCUGUUCUGUGAAGGGAGUAGUACACAGCGUUGUACGAGAUCUUCAGUUUCUUGGCAAUUUCUCGCAUGGAAUAGCCUUCAUUUCUCAGAACAAGAAUAGACUGACGAGUUUCAGAAGAAAGUUAUUUGUUUCUGCCCAGUUUUGAUCCUGUAAUCGAACCCACAAUUGCUGAUGCUCCAGAUACUCAACUAGUCUCAAGAAGGCCAGUUUUAUUGCUUCUUUAAUCAGCACAACAGUUUUCAGCUGUGCUAACAUUGCAAAAGGGUUUUCUAAUGAUCAAUUAGCCUUUUAAAAUGAUAAACUUAGAUUAGCAAACACAACGUGCCAUUGGAACACAGGACUGAUGGUUGCUGAUAAUGGGCCUCUGUACGCCUAUGUAGAUAUUCCAUUAAAAAAUCAGCCAUUUCCAGCUACAAUAGCCAUUUACAACAUUAACAAUGUCUACACUGUAUUUCUGAUCAAUUUGAUGUUAUUUUAAUGGACAAAAAAAUUGCUUUUCUUUCAAAAACAAGGAAAUUUCAAAGUGACCCCAAACUUUUGAACGGUAGUGUAUGUCAUGUGUACAGGUAUAUGACUAAUAAACAAACUUGAACUCUGAGACGCUUUAUGAAUAUGGGCCCAGGAACCUUUUCCCUAAUGACCUGACCUGGGAAAAGUCCUGACCCUAACUAUGGGAAUACAGGGGUUGAUGAAAGAUGAUAUUAUCCAUUGAGGACAAGGAAACUCAUUGAAGAGAGGAUGCGAUACAUGCACCUUUUUAUACACUUGUAACUCUUUGAUCUGUUCACUGUCAGAUGUAGCCUCUAUUGUCUGUGACAGGAGACGAGUGCUUUGAGCUGUGUUGUCUUCAUCAUAUUAUCAGCUUCCUUUUCAUCGUCCUCAUUAUUCCAGUGUCACAGCUCUAUGUGUGGCAUAUAGCCUAGUGGUUAAGAGCGUUGGGCCAGUAACCAAAAGGUCGCUGGUUCGAAUCCCGAGCCGACUAGGCGGAAAAAUAUUUUUGGUGCCUUUGAGCAAGGCACUUAACCCUAAUUGCUCCUGUAAGUCGCUCUGGAUAAAGGCGUCUGCUGAAUGACUAAAAUGUAAUGUAGUAAUGAUUCUGUACUGUCCACUCUUCUGAUUCACUUUUUAUUUGGUAAAAUACCCUUUAUUAUUAUAUGCACCAAAUGUACUUGUCAUAUUCAAUGCAAUUUGUAUUUAUCAAGGCUUAAGCUUAACUUGCCUUUCUCUCUCUGGCUGUAGGCUGAUUAGUAAAUACUAAGCCUUACUGCUGGAUCAUCAUAUGGCCAAUCUGAUCUGUGCUAUUUAUGAUCUUAUAGGCUAAUUGAGGGGAUUUACACUGCAUUACCUAAUAAGUACUUUUAAAAUAGGGUUCUUGGCAUUGGAUUCUCCCAACAUAUCAAAGGUAUUUUUGUUCUCUUCCCUAGUGCACUUGGAGCUGUUCUGUUCUACAUGUAUUUUUGAAUGAUUGUGUUCAUGCUGCUUGCACUGGCAAGUACAGAGAUAUAGAGACUGAGUCAGAGAUGUAGAGAUGUAGAACUGAGGCAGAGAUGUAGAAACUGAGUCUUUGCUCUCUAGUGCUAGGCCUGUCUUAUCCAGGCUUGCCCAGGCCUAAUCUCAAUGUUGUGUGUCCCUGCCUGCCUGCCCGCCCAUAAUGGAUCUUGUGUGUCUCUUUAGACCUAUGAAGUCAUGGAAGUAGGCCAUGCUCUACUGGCUUUGUUGAGUAGAAGCCACUUCCCUCCCUAUCCUGUUGUUUUUCUUCCUUUAUCUGAUCAAAAUGAUUUCUGGCCAACGUGGAUAUGGAGUGGUAAUAUAGUAACGCCCUUCCCUAUCUCCUCAUCCCUUCCUUUCUGCAGUGUUUUCAUUCACAUAUUAGAGAAGUGACAGGAGUUUUUUAAGGAUUGGCUAACCUUGCUUCCAUAGUGCGUACACUAUUCAUGGAUUGCUUGGCAGGGGUUAGGAAAAUAUUGUUUUCUUUAGGACAUUUUACUUGGAGAUUGUUUUGUGUCAGACAGUUUAAUGGAAUUUAUUAUCUGUGUGUGUCUGUAGGGGUUGACGAUUAGGCAAAUCCGGUUCCGGUUCGAUGGACAGCCAAUAAACGAGACAGACACACCUGCACAGGUAAGCCUGGAGUCUCAUGGGAGGAACUGAUUUAUUACGUCAAUUCACUCUAUUUUGCUUGAACAACACCAUUCCAGCAAAAACACCAUUAUACAUUCCUCCCUGUUAGAGAAUACCAAUUAACAUUUGUGCAUGCUGAAAGAAUGUUAAAUGCAAAAUGUCUUCUAACGAAAGCUCUCCAUUCACAGCUAAUUUAUGUACAUUUUUGUCAUGAAUGCCAUGUCAUCUAAUGAAAUCGGGUUUUAUAUCAAAUUGACUUAAUUUCCUCCCUUUUUCCUGACAGUUGGAAAUGGAGGAUGAAGAUACGAUCGAUGUUUUCCAGCAACAGACAGGAGGCCUCUACUAG